GGAGAUUCCCAUGUUCUGGACGACGGCGGAGAGGCCGGCCCCAAUCUUGGAAAUUUCGAACGCUGUCGAUACGACACUGUGCAGAGGCGUGCCAAUUGUGUUGAAAAUACCAUCCAAGUAAGUUUUAUUCUCGACCUUGGCUAUGCUGGUUCUCAUCUAGUAGCUGCGUCGCAGAUCGUCCCCCCUGUCACGAACACCUUUCAAGGCUGGGUAGAGCAUGCGGCGAAUAUCAUUGUUGGCGACUCAAGCGAAGAGGUGGAUCUACUCAUUGUCGAACUUGGUGGAAUUGUCCGUCGGUCACAUAAACCUGUUCCAUUCGUCGAGGCCAUGCAACAGCUGCGAUUAUACGUCGGCCAUGAAAAUGUUGCCCUAAUUCGCAUGCCUCUCGCUCCCGCUAGUCACGGCGGGCUGAAGACAAAGCUACUGUCCAGGCUUCGCGCGGACUUGAUCUCCUACCUGACCUCAUUAUGCGCCGUUUUGACAUUCAGAACUGCUCGAUUCUGCGACAAGAGAAUAUCUCCGUAUCUCCAUCAAGCGUGUCGUCGGUGCACAUGA